UUUCUUUCUUCCUUUUCUCCCUUUUCUUUUCUCCAAAUUCUCUGCUGGAUUUCAGUUCUUAUCAAAUUAAUAAUAAAAAAGGGAGGAAAAAGGCGAAACUUUAUUUUGGGAAAUUUCUUCUCAAAAAAAAAAACUCGGAAAAACCCUAACUUUACUUCUCUCACGCUCUCCAUGGAGUUUUGGGGUGCUGAAGUUAAAAGUGGACAGAACUUUGAGGUUGAACUAGAGGAUGAUGGCAGUAGGAUCUUGCAUCUUUCACAGGUUGCCGUUGGUGAGGGUACUGGUGAUAACAAGAAAUUAAAAAGAAAGGAAACCAUUUGUCUCUAUCUCAAAUUCAAAAAUGAGAAGUUUUUCGUUGGAACACUUUCCCUAGAGAAAUGCCCCCAGAUAGCAUUAGAUUUGGCAUUGCAUGACAAAUUUGAGCUGUCCCAUACACGGAAGAAUGGCAGCGUAUAUUUCACUGGCUAUUAUGUUGGUAAAUCUCAAGGUAGUGAUACUGAGUCUGAAGAGGAUCUCCUUGAACCUACAAUAAAUCUUGUAAAGUCAGUGCCUGCAGCAUCUGAUCCUACUACGACAGAGCAGGUUACGAUUGUUAGUAGUGAUGAGGAUGAAGAGCCCAGUGACGAGCAGGAACCUUGCAUGCUGGUUAAUGGUGAGAAUGAUAGUGAUGAUGCUGGCAGUGAUGAGGAUGAUGGUGAAGAAGACAGUUCAGAUGAGGAUCAAAAUACUCCUGAGAACGCUGGACUAAGCAGGAAGAGACCUGCUAAGUCAUCUAUGAAGACCCCUGCUGCUCCCAAAAAGAAGGCAAAGCUGGUCACUCCCCAAAAGACAGUUCAUUCUGGUGCAGAUAGCAAGAAAGCGGGUGGACAUACUACAACCCCUCACCCUUCCAAAAAGGCUGGGAAAACAUCAGCUGCUGCUGCACAGGCGACGCAGACUCCAACGUCCAGUGGUUCCAUUCCCUUGCAAGUCCAUCACCACAUCUUUUGGCGCUGAAAAUAACAAACCACGAAGCGCAAAUGGCAGAGAAAUUACGACGAAAGGGAGGGAAUUUUCGAGAGUUUUCUUUCUUAUUUCUUUAUUUUUGGCUAUAUAAUGCCAAAUAAAAAUCUGUAAAAGGUUUACACAAAAGAUUGUAUUAAGAAAGCGAUUAAAAAUACAAAAACAGAGAGAAGGAAAUAGAAUUUU